CUUUGCUCGUAAUGAGAAAGGGAAAUUGUUGACCACGACAAUUUCUGUACCUCAGUUGUGUUCUGCUCGCGAAAGUACUAACAAUUCAGUCGUUCAAAUAUAAAGCUUCCAGUGAAAUCCAUUACAUCCAAAUGCAUCGUCACACGGCUAUAUUUAUUGGCAGCGUAGCACUGCUACUUAUAGUGCCCAGUGCCAACGGACUUCCUUUGUGGGAUUAUUUUACCGGAGUGGACACUACCGAAGAUAAGGCUGCAGGGAUGGAUACAACCACGAUGGAGCUGAUCGAACCUCGGCAAGAUUACUCCAAACCCUUGCUGCGGUACGAUACGGUGGUUCCAAUAUUGCAGGUUGUUCUAACACCAAUCGGUCGCAUGCUUUGGCCACGUGUUGAGCAAUGGGUUUCGGGACUGUUCGGUGCGUAUCUGGAUAGUGCCAACAGAGCCAUCGACAGCAUCUCACAGUAUGCAACAGAAAACAUUUCCUUCCAGACAGGCGAUGUGUACUACACAAAGAGCGAUAUGAUUGAUGGGCAUGGACACCAGUCUUUAAUUAUCACUCUACCAUCAGGAAGAACAAUAACGGUGUUAACAUUCAAAACGAAAAGUAAAUUCAAUGUAUUUGAAGAGUUUCCACAGCUCUCCGAAACGCAAAAUGAGGUGAGAGAAUUGAAUUGACGCUGGUAGUUACAAACUGCGAGAGUGGAAGUUUUAAAUUAAACUUUAAUAUUUAUAUUCUUCUUGUAUACAAAUUCUUAUGUAAUUAUUUAUUUUGCAAAUGUACAAAUAAAUACAACUAUUAAUUGACCUCA